UCAUGCUGCUGCCAGGUCCAGAGUCUCUCAUGGGUCCCUGUACGGCCUCCCAUUGCUGCUGUCUCCAUCGCCACACUCUGCCAUGUGCCACUUUCAGGUCUCCUCACACUCCUGCUGUUUUCCAUUUUGUCAUAGGUUGCUGGCAGAUUACAGGCCUCCCAUAGGUGCUGCCAGGCCCCAAAUCUGCCAUGGGCCCCCGUACCGCCUCGUCACGCUGCUGCUGGGUCCACAGUGUGACAUGGGUCCCUGUACCGCCUCUCCAUUGCUCCCACUCUGCCAUGUGCCACUUUGAGGUCUCCUCACACUCCUGCUGGUUUC